AUGCGCACCGCUUCGCUCGUGCAGCCUGCUCUGUGGCUCUUCGCUUGGUCUGUGUACUCGUCUCCAGCUCGUGCGGAGCUCGCACCAGCUGGCAGCGGUCCUCAUGACGCCCUCUCACAACACCCCGCGAUUCGCCGCGACGACGUGCAAUUGCUGCUGGAGCGAGCAAGGCAGUCUGUAGAAGAAGCGGCAGGCGAGGACGAGGACCUUGGGAGCGUCAAGGUGGUCAGGGAGACGUUCGAAUUCCCGGUCGGUUCGAAAGUGGGGAGGAGGGCAGGGGGAGAUGGAGGGACAGGCUCGCCCACUGUGCAAGCUUCGACGAAGCCAAAGGAAGCAGCAGACAUCCUGAGGACGGUCGGGAAGCUCAAGGCGUUGCGCCCUCUUUUCACCUGGGCAGUCCACCAUCCCCUCCGCUUCCUGUAUCACUACAUUCUCGUCCCCAUUGCCAAGCUCCUCCUCCUCGCCCUCACCACACUCCUUCGCCUCCUCCUCGCGCUCGUUCUCGCCGCCGUCUCGCCAAUCCAAUCCCUCUUCUCCCUCGCCACGACGCCCCUCAUCGUCGCAUGGAGCGCAUUCACGGCCCUCGCGCCUCUCUGGUGGGCUCUCGGCGGUGCCUUGACCUUCGGCGCAGGACUUGGUCUUGUCGCAGGACUUGUCGCAGGCCGCACGACUCGCGAGAUCAUCGACGACACGGUCGACCGGACGACGAGGACGCUGAGGUGGCUUGGCGUGUUGGAGAAGAAGCGCGAGGCGGGACCGGGUGGGUAUGGAGAAGGCGCGAGGCUUGAGAAGGUGCCGUCGGCGCCAGCGAGGAGGAUGAGCGACAAGGCGAGGGGCAAGCAGCGCUCGGACGAGUUCAGCGGUCUCGUGGAUUAUGAGGCUUCCGAUGCGCCGCCCACCCCAACCAUCAGUACUUCGUCUCGCCUCAGCCCGCUUCUCCAGCGCUUCAAGCGUGAAGCUACCGCCUACUCGGGUGCGCGCGGUGAGGGUCCCGCAUACGUCGACUACUCGCGACAGGGAGGAGGAGUGGCUUUCGCAGAGGAGAAUGAGGGGAGCAGCUGGAGGAGGCGCGAGGUGGACUUCUGA